UCGCGUCGCGUCGCGUCGCGUCGGUCGCGGCUCUCGGCGGCAUGGCGCUGCUGUGCUACAACCGCGGCUGCGGCCAGCGCUUCGACCCCGACGCCAACGCCGACGAUGCUUGCACAUACCACCCCGGUGUUCCAGUAUUUCAUGAUGCACUAAAGGGUUGGUCUUGCUGUAGGAGAAGAACAACGGAUUUUUCUGACUUUUUAAGUAUUGCAGGCUGUACCAAAGGCAGGCAUAAUAGUGAGAAGCCACCGGAGCCUGUCAAACCUGAAGUCAAGACUACGGAGAAGAAAGAACUGUCGGAAUUGAAACCCAGAUUUCAGGAGCAUAUCAUUCAAGCCCCGAAGCCAGUAGAAGCAAUAAAAAGGCCGAGCCCAGAUGAGCCAAUGACAAAUCUGGAAUUUAAGAUAUCUGCCUCCUUAAAGCAAGCACUUGACAAACUUAAAUUGUCAUCAGGGAAUGAAGAAGAGAAGAAAGAAGAAGACAGUGAUGAAAUUAAGGUUGGGACUUCAUGCAAAAAUGCAGGGUGUUCAAAGACAUAUCAGGGUCUACAGAGUCUUGAAGAAGCUUGUGUGUAUCACUCUGGAGUCCCUAUUUUUCAUGAAGGGAUGAAAUACUGGAGCUGUUGUAGAAGAAAAACUUCCGAUUUUAAUACAUUUUUGGCGCAGGAGGGCUGUACCACAGGAAAGCACAUGUGGACUAAAAAGGAUUCUGGGAAAAAAGUGGUUCCAUGUAGACACGACUGGCAUCAGACUGGAGGUGAAGUCACCAUUUCAGUAUAUGCUAAAAAUUCUCUUCCAGAACUUAGUCAAGUAGAAGCCAAUAGCACAUUGUUAAAUGUACACAUUGUAUUUGAAGGCGAGAAGGAAUUUCACCAAAAUGUGAAAUUAUGGGGCGUGAUUGAUGUCAAGCGAAGUUACGUAACUAUGACUGCUACAAAGAUUGAGAUCACCAUGAGGAAAGCUGAGCCCAUGCAGUGGGCCAGCCUUGAACUUCCUGCAGCCAAGAAGAGUGAAAAAACCAGAAGUUCUAACCCAAUGAGUAGCAUGUUGUUGCUUAUUUCAGAAUCCUUAGAAUACGGUGAAGUAGCUUGCUGCUGUUCCCUUUUGUUACUUUUGUUGUCGAAUCUGGCAUUUCAGGGUCAACACAAAGUUCUUUCAAACCAAAGUCAGUUUGUUCUUGAGACUCCCACUCUUACUCUGCUCAAUAUUGCAUAUUCACUUUUUUCUCUCCACUAGAAAUACAAUUGUGUCCUGUACUUGAAGAAGCUACAAAUGACUCAUAAACAGUUACAGUAUUUCUUAGUACAAUUAGAGAAACACAAAUGAAAAUAUGUUUUGUACCUGUUUCCCUUACCCUACAGUAAAGCGGAACAACUUAUAAAAUUUU